AUGAUGCGUUUGAAUUUGUUAAAUAUUUCCCAUGCUAAAGAUGAUGGGAAGCAAGUUACUCAGUAUUUGGCUAGUAUAAGUGGAAUAUACCAAGGCUGGCCUAGCCCAUCUCUAGUAAAAAUCCUCUCAAACGAAUAUCCCAUAGAAGUAACUGAAGAAGAAGCUUCAUACAUAGCUGUUAUCGGAUCUAUUGGUCACGUAUUUGCAGCAUUUCUAGCAGCUUCCUUAUCUGAUUGGAUAGGACGCAAAAACACCAUACUUUGUAUAGCUCUACCCCAAAUCGCCUCGUUUAGUCUAAUAUCGUUCUCUUACCACAGUAAAAUCUUGUUAUACUUUGCACAAGUUCUUGCAGGUAUGGGAGAAGGUGCCAGUUUUGCUGUGGUACCGAGUUAUAUAGCUGAAAUUUCGGAACCUAAUAUACGAGGGACUCUUGGUACCUAUUCAACACUUGCCAUGACUUUUGGAACAUUAUUCAUCAACACGAUUGGCACCUACUUAUCAAUCCCCAUGGCCGCCCUAAUAUGCCACGCAUUUCCAAUUUUAUUUCUGCUUACUUUUAGCAGCAUGCCAGAGAGUCCGUAUUAUUGUUUAAUGAAGAAUAAUUCAAAAGAAGCACACACCAAUUUACAAAUUUUGCGACGCAGUCAAAACAUCACAGAAGAAAUCAAGGAAAUAUCUCAAGCCGUCAAAAGACAAAUGUCUGAAAGAGGUACCUUCAAGGAUUUAUUUAUGGUUGAUUCCAACAGGAAGGCUUUUAUAAUAGCUACAGCAGCAAGGAUUUUCCAAGCUUACACCGGAGUAGCAGCCAUAACAGCUUAUACUCAAAUAAUAAUAUUGCAAAACACAAAUUUUUCUGCUCUAUUGGGUUCCACUAUGAUAUUCGCAGGCAAACUAGUGGCAAUUAUGGUAUCAUUUACUUAUAUUGAUAGAAUUGGUAGAAAACCAAUGUUUGCUCUAUGUUGCUUGGGAUGUGCUCUAAUACUCUACGCUCAAGCAAUAUUCCUGACCAUAAAAGAUUAUACUAAUAUUAAUAUGGAAUCCAUUCUUUGGGUUCCAGUUUUGUUGAUACUCUUAUGGAAUAUAGUAUUCGCUGGAGGCUUGGCGUCAGGAGUUAAUAUUUAUAUAGGGGAAAUAUUCUCUACAAGCAUCAAAGCCAAGGCAAUGUCAGCCAGUGGAGUAACUUUUGCCUUAACAUUCAUGAGCACAGUGAAAAUUUUCCAAUAUACUUCCGAUAAUAUUGGCGCGGCAGUACCCUUUUAUAUUUUUGCAACCUUCUCCUUAGUAGGUACCAUGUAUUUGGCUUUCGUUAUUCCCGAAACUAAAGGCAAGACUUUGGAAACUAUUCAACAGGAAUUGAAGGGGAAUUUAGAAUAA